AUCCAACGGUCUUCAUCCAUCACUGCCCCUCAGGCGAGCAGACCCCCCACCUCACCCCAUGCCUUCAUCCGGGUACGGCUCGUAGUCUUCCACGCGCAUGUUAUACUUCUUGGCGGCCGCGGCCCGCUCUUCUGGAGUCCUAGGAUACGGCCCCGGCAGCAUGUCCUUGGUCAUAUGGAAGGCUGGACGCAGAGGGAUGCAGGUCAGAUGGACACCGUUCUCUAGCCACCCAGAAGGCACUAAGCCGCAAUGACUGCAGAGGUCGGAGUUCCGCACUAGGCCGAACGACGUUCAUCUCUAUGGUGUCCGUUGUGGCUGCUUCCGGAAAGGGCGGGGCUUCUGCUUCCGGUGGGGCCGUCUCUAGAGUAGAGAUGGCGGCGACAGCGGCCGAAGAUGCGGCCUCUGGCUCUGGAGAGCCCCGGGAAGAGGCGGAAGCUCCGGGCCCCGCCUGGGAUGAGUCACAGCUACGAAGUUACAGCUUUCCGACCCGGCCCAUCCCACGUCUGAGCCAGAGUGACCCUCGGGCGGAAGAGCUCAUCGAAAAUGAGGAGCCUGUGGUGCUGACCGACACAAACCUUGUGUAUCCUGCUCUGAAGUGGGACCUAGAAUACCUGCAAGAGAAUAUUGGCAACGGAGAUUUCUCUGUGUACAGUGCCAGCACCCAUAAGUUCUUAUACUAUGAUGAAAAGAAGAUGGCUAAUUUCCAGAACUUUAAGCCGAGGUCCAACAGGGAGGAAAUUAAAUUUCAUGAGUUUGUUGAGAAACUACAGGACAUACAGCAGCGUGGGGGAGAAGAGCGGUUGUAUCUGCAGCAAACGCUCAAUGACACCGUUGGGAGGAAGAUUGUCAUGGACUUCUUGGGUUUUAACUGGAACUGGAUUAAUAAGCAACAGGGAAAACGUGGCUGGGGGCAACUGACCUCUAACCUGCUGCUCAUUGGCAUGGAAGGAAAUGUGACACCUGCUCACUAUGAUGAGCAACAGAACUUCUUUGCCCAGAUAAAAGGCCACAAGCGUUGCAUCUUAUUCCCUCCAGAUCAGUUUGAGUGCCUCUAUCCAUACCCUGUCCAUCAUCCCUGUGACAGGCAGAGCCAGGUGGACUUUGACAAUCCUGACUACGAGAGUUUCCCCAAUUUCCGAAAUGUGGUUGGUUAUGAAACAGUGGUGGGCCCUGGUGAUGUUCUGUACAUCCCAAUGUACUGGUGGCACCACAUAGAGUCAUUACUAAAUGGGGGAAUUACCAUCACUGUGAACUUCUGGUAUAAGGGGGCUCCUACCCCUAAGAGAAUUGAAUAUCCUCUCAAAGCUCAUCAGAAAGUAGCCAUCAUGAGAAACAUCGAGAAGAUGCUUGGAGAGGCCUUGGGGAAUCCACAGGAGGUGGGGCCUUUGUUGAACACCAUGAUUAAAGGCCGUUACAACUAACCUGCAGAGGUCAAGGCCUCCUGCCGGGGGACCGCUAGCUCGUCCACAUGCUUCGUUGAUGAGGACAGGACACUCCAAGCACUAGUAUUGCACGCUGCACUUAAUGGACUGGACUCUUGCCAUGGCCCUGGAGGCAGGUGUUUGGGGCGAGGCAGGGUAGUUGACUCCACUCCCAUUUGGAAAGAUUUCUCACACUUGCCUCUUGAGCCCCAGAACCUUCCCUCUUUGCCCCCCUAAAGUCCUGCAUCAGUGUGUGGAGUCCCAGCUUCUGGUUGUCAUCAUGUCUGUGUUAGUCUGUCAACCUCAGGGUGUGUGUGUGUGUGUACAUGUGUUCAUAAGCAUGUGUAUACACACACAUGCAUGUAUCUGUUCCUUGUUCCUCUUCCUGGGUCAGGAUAUCACUUCUGGCUCUCAGCUCCUGUCUCCUGAAGCCUCAGUGCCUCAGCCUGAGAGAGGAGAUGCUCCUGUAUCCCUACUACAUAUGGGGUGUGGUGCCAGAAUGAAUCUGCUCAUCGGUCUGCCUCUGCUAGUUUUUGCAGCAUAAUCAGGCUGCAGGCCAGGUAGCAAUAGAUGCUGGGUUGCUAAUGGGGACAUUGAGAAGGAGCCUUGUCUUUGGGAGCCUAGAUAGCCUUCUAGUGGAUGAGGAUUAGAUAGGGUUCCAGUUGAGAACUACACACUCAAGCCAUACAUAGAAGGAAACCUUGAGAACCUAAGAUCAGAGGAUUGUGCGUAUGUUCCAAGUUACAGACACGCAGCAUUCUCUUUCAGUACCAGCUCUUGCCCCUUUGCUGGGCAUUGAGGGAGUUCUCCUAGCUCUGACUUCUUUGGGCUCCAGGGGUAUGAACUUCUGCAUGUGUGUGUACACAUAUGCACACUUACGUGUGUGUGUCUGUUCACACUUGCCAUCCUUCUUGCUUACAAAGGUUCUCUACUGCUUACCUUGUCCAAUGUGACAGUGCAGUGUGAACCCCAGAUACUGCCUGACUUAGCCUCUAGCUUUUGAACUUGGAUUUUAGCCAUCCUAUCUUGGUCAGAUCUCACUGCAGCCUACCUAAAGCUGACUGGCUAGAGCCUCCAGGUCCUCUGUCUUUCCCUGUCCAGGCCACAUCCCCUGCACCUGCUGGGCUUCCUGGCUGAGUAGAUGAAAUGGGAUCAGACUUAGGCAGCUAACUCAGAACCUUUCAUCCACCUCAGGGCAAGGGCAAAAGUGUCCUCUUGCCUCUCGGAGCCAGCACCUCUGCCAGACCCAAUAUAACGUCGUAUGACAGCUAGUGUAGGAUGACUGGUGGAGGAGCAUGGAGAUAGAAUUCAUUUUCUGUUGGUAGCUAUUUAUGGGAACCCUCCUCAGGGCUGCAGCAUAUAGCUGGGCAGCUCAGUGUUACACGACAGAGUGCCAUCGUUCACAUUUGCUCAGAUGGAAUGGGGCCCCUGCAGUUUGGCAGAGUGGUGGCCCUGUGUCCACUUACCUCAAGUCCCUUCUCCUUCAUCGUUUUCUCUAAAGUCUGAGUUGGAAGUCUAAUUUUCUUCCCUUUCCCACUUUUUUACUUCCAUCCCCCUAAGUUUGACCUCUAGUGUCUGAGCUGUGGCUCUUAGCCAUGACGCUCAGCUUACAGUGCCCCAUGGACUGAGAAGAUACAUGCAUAUGCCUGUG